CUCGCUACGUGACCCCUUUAUAAGACCUGAUGUACAAUGAUUUCUACCCAUUAUUCAGUUGAAAAUGCUGAUACAAGUGUGUUUUGUGGUUUUAGUACUUUGGAAUUCUACAUUUUCUGUACACGUAAAAGAGAAAGAUGAAGAUUUCAUCAGAGAAGAAGUUCGAGAAUUGCUGGAAUUUUUAAAGGAAAGCGAACCUGAAGAAAAAGCAGCGAGAAUCGACCAUGAAGAAAAAGGAAGGAGACUUUUCAAAAACUACUUUGGACAGGAAGAUCUUGAUUUUGCCCAAAAGAGAAAAGCCAAGAAAGAAAAGGAACAAAAAUCUAAAGAGAAAGAUGGUCAGAAAAAGAAUAACCCUCAGGAAAAACACAGCAAAAUGAUUGAUGAAGAAGACGUGGACCCGGAUGACGUGAAGUUAAUGAAACUACUGGAAGGAAUGGCGGUGGAGAAGAACGGGAGAGUCUUCAAGGCCAAAGGUUUGCAUCCCGAAUUAUCAAUGAUUGCAAAAGGUCAAGGCAUGGACAAGCACCCUUUAACCCCGGCACAAUCUCUGAUAGAGCAGAUUUCUGGGGAUCAGGUACGCAGAAAAAAGAGAAGUUUUUGGAGAGCAGCUUGGAAGUGGCCGAAAAAUAUCGUCCCCUUUGACAUAGACAAUAAUACCAUAGUAAGUGAAAGAAGCUAUGCUAUCUUUAACAAAGCAGCUGAGCUUUUCAACAAUCUAACCUGUCUAAAGUGGCUACCUUAUACACCAGAACUAGCGGAACAAGUGGGCCACAAUAAUUAUGUACAGUUUCGAGACUCGGAUGGUUGUUGGUCAUAUGUUGGAUACAUAGGAAGAAGUCCACAGGUCAUUGGAAUGUCACAGAGGGGAUGUAUGAGCGUUGGUAUAGCAGUGCAUGAGAUGCUUCACGCCGUGGGUUUGAUGCAUGAGCAGUCACGUACUGACCGUGACGACUAUAUCCGCAUGAUUAAAGAAAAUCUCAAGGAAAAUUUUUACAAUGGUAACAUGGCAAAAACCAGCACUUUUGACCGCAAUGCCUAUGACUACGAGAGCAUUAUGCAGUAUGGGUUAUGGUCCUUUUCGGUCACUGGAGGUCAAACAAUGGAAUUUCUGGACAGAGAUCUGGAGUUUUUAGCGGGGACUGGGGCCGGGGUCGGUCUUGAUUUCUAUGAUGUCAAGGAUAUAACUGCGAAUUACCUAUGUGCAGAAGAAUGUGUGAACCCGCCAAAAUGUGAGAAUGGAGGAUUUGACAACCACAACUGUGUCUGUUACUGUCCAAAAGGCUACCAAGGUGACACGUGCGGAAGUGUGAUCACGGAUGAUGACUGCGGUGGAAUGAUAGAAGUUCCUCUGGGUAAAGAUGUAUUUGUGACGUCACCAGGGUACCCCGUGUCUUAUCCAAUCGGAAAAUUAUGCAGAUGGGGCGUAAAGGCCCCCGAGGGAUGGUAUGUUCGGAUGACAGUAGAAGAACUCCACCUGGCGGACAACAAUUUAAACAGAUGCUACCAUUGGCUAGAAAUCCAAUAUAACCUACCAGGGCAGACGGGAAUCAAACGCUGUGGAGACAUUAUAGGGGAUCAGUGGACUGGAUCCAAAGACAGCCCUAACUUUAUGACGAUUACAUUUGACAGUAAAUUUGUACAGGACAGACAAGUGGAGAAGGGCUUCAAACUCAGGUUUAAUGCUGUUGGAAGAGGAUGCAAGGAUAACCCAUGUGUAUAUGGCACUUGUCAUGAAAGCAAGAUGGAUUGUCAGUUUACGUGCUCCUGUUAUUCCGGUUUUGAGGGAAAGUUGUGUGACAAAAUGUCAAGUGAUGCCACAUUUGAAUGUACCUUUGAAAAGAUGAAGUGUUUCUUGGAAAACACUAAAGAAGGCGACGACUUUGACUGGGCUGUUAACUCAGGUCCCAGUAGUUCACAAGGCACAGGACCUGACAGAGCACACAAAGGAAAUCGGUACAUUUUUACAGAAAUGUCAGAUCCUCGAGUUAACGGAGAGAAGGCAUGGCUGGUAUCUAGCUUGGACCUACCAGCUUCAGAGAGAUGCCUUUCGUUCUACUACUACAUGUUUGGUCACACAGUUGAUUCACUUAGAGUCUUGAUAUCCGGGGAAAACAGGUCUCAAAGCGCCAUCUGGUCUGAAACAGGAAACCAGGGCAGCAAGUGGAAAUUCGCUCGUGUCAAUAUUGAGCAAAUAGAAAAACUGAAGAUCGUGUUUGAAGCUGUUCGUGGUGAAGAUUGGAGUAGUGAUAUUGCCUUAGAUGACGUAGUUCUUUCUGUUGGAGCAUGCGCAAACGUGACUGAAAAUAUUGAGUGUGUGAAAACAAACCGGGGCGGGGAUUACAAAGGGAAAGUCAAUGUAACACGGAGCGGAAAGGCGUGUCAGCCCUGGGCGGAUCAAACACCCCAUUCACACACUGGGUAUGCUGCCCUAGUCAACGACUCCAACUACUGCCGGAAUCUUUACCCCCGAAGCAAUGACUACCACCCCUGGUGUUACACUAUGGACCCUGGGGACCGCUGGGACUACUGUGACAUACCUGCUUGUGAAUAUGAAGAAUGCAGACGGUCAAGUAUUGGAUACGAAUAUGCUGGAAGAGUGAGCAAAACAAAGUCUGGAAAAACGUGUCAGAGGUGGGACUCACAGUCACCUCACGAACAUUCACACGCGGGUCUGAUGGGCCACGAGAAUUACUGUCGGAACCCCAGGGGUAGAGAACAAGGACCCUGGUGCUUCACAGAGGAUAACUCAACACGUUGGGAAUACUGCGAUGUGCCAAUGUGCAAUGAUGAAGCUCGGGAAUGCGCACUGCUAGCUCAAAAUAUAGAUUACUUUGGACAAAUCAACACAACCACAAGCGGUCGAACAUGUCAAAGAUGGGAUCAACAAAAACCGCACUCUCAUUCAAUGCCGCUAACCUCUGCUCAGGAGAACUUUUGUCGGAAUAUGGGCGGCGAGAACCGAGCAUGGUGCUAUACGACUGACCCCAACAAACGCUGGGAAAGGUGCAACAUUCCACCAUGUGACAACUUGGCAUGCUUUUCGAACCCCUGCUACAAUGGAGGGACAUGUACAAAUAAUGGAGACUCCUAUAAUUGUUCCUGUUUUCCGGGUUACCAAGGAGACAGAUGUGAAACUGAAGUCCCACUGAGAACGGAGAACUGUAAACGGUCUAACAUUGGCUGGGAGUACCGGGGAACAAUAUCACUAACAGUCAACAACCGGACGUGUCAGCGGUGGAAUGAAAGUACUCCACAUGGACAUCGCUUUACCACGUCCAUGGCGAGUCACGAAAACUACUGCAGGAACCCGGAUAAAGAACCUGCUCCGUGGUGCUACACCUCUGACCCAAAUAAACGAUGGGAACGUUGCGAUAUACCAAUGUGUGACACUCCACCAUCAGAAUGCUUGAAUGCUGUCCGAGGAGAUGAUUAUUUCGGCCAUGCUAACAAGACUAUAAAUGGCUACACGUGCAUGCGAUGGGAUUCCCAGUCGCCACAUCAGCAUGGGUAUAAUUACAUUCGGGAUCAGGAGAACUACUGUCGUAAUCCAUACGGAGAGGAACCUAGGGGACCCUGGUGCUAUACCACAAAUCCCAACAAGAGAUGGGAUUAUUGCUCUAUCCCUCUGUGUGGUGGGAAAAUUUAAUCUGAACAUGGAAGACAACUUCUCCUUCAGAGGGAUUUAUUAACUCUAUAAGAGAUGAAACGUACUGGGAAAAUGUACAGCACCUCUACAAGCGGAGUUCCUAAGAUGAUAACAAUAUUGUUUUUAUUAUAAGCCUUUUGAUAAGUAGUGCCCGAUCAAUAAAUAAUUAGCAUUUCAAACUGGGUUUAACUUGAUA